AUGAUGGGCAGGUCUGUGGUCAGCAGCGUGCGCAGGCUGAGCACCAUUUCAGAGCAGGAACCAGAGAAGCUGGAUACUGAUCGUACUUCCCAAGAUCCCAUGGGUGGCAGUGAAUGGGGUGGAUCCAGUUUCUCGCUUUGCUCGGACAACAAGUAUAAGAACAGCAGCAGUUGUUUCACCUCUAGUGAUUCCUAUCAGCCUGACGCUUCAGAUGACUGCGCAGCUGUGCUGCUUGCCUGUCUCUAUUGUCGUUUCCAUGAUUUUGUAGUCAUGUUGCCAAACACAUGUGAAAGGGCACUGAGCCGAUGUUUUCCCUCAUACAAAUACAUCAAGGCAUCCAGUGAGAGGGACCAGCGGGGAAGGGACUGUUGCAGCUGCAACCUGGAACUAGACUGCGGCAUCUGCAGCUCCUGCCGGGACGCAUCAGAGCUCCUGGAGUUGGCCAUGGAGGUAUCAGAGAUCUGCUAUCGCUGA